UCCGCGCAUUCCGGCCAAAAGCUCAGUGAUUGAGUGACUCGUCACCGGAAUGGCCAGUGGCGAUAAAUCGGACAAGCCGACGGAGGCAGCUGAGAAGUGUCUCGUGGAUUUGCUAAAGGUCCACUUUCGGAGCUACUGCGAAAAGUCCACCAUUCACUGCGUUCGCUACUUGUACGAUUCAAACCUGCACAACUUGGAGAGAAUCAUCUGGUCCGGGCUGCUCAUCAUCAGCAUCGCACUGUCCUUCUUUUUCUACCUCCUGCUCUCCGAGCGAUUCGUUUCCCAGAAGCUGCAGACGGUGGUGCAGGAUCCCCAGUACCCCGUAUUCCUUGUGCCAUUUCCGGCCGUGGCCGUGUGCACGGACAACCGCAUCAACUGGAGGAAGCUGGAGGCGGCCAAGGAGCAGUUCCUGCCGACGAAUCCCAGCGUGGAAUUGCUCGAAAGUUUCACCGUGCUGGUUUCCCGGAUGGAAACUCUUCGCUUUGGCAGUUACCUAUCGAGCUUGGCCCAGCUGGAGAACGACAAUCUGGAGGCAGUGGCUUUUGUGAACCUCACUGAACUGGCAGUUUUCCUGACUCUCAAGUGCGAGGAUAUCAUGGUACCGAAGUCCUGCCUGUGGCGCAGUUCCUCCUUCGAUUGCUGCGAGUACUUCGUGUUGGAGAAGACGGAGUUUGGGUUUUGUUUGGUUUUCAAUUCGGAUAUUUCGCCACGCUCCCAGGCAAUUAAACAGAAGGAGGGUCAUAACUUCUAUCCGAGGCACAAUGCCAAGGCAGGUCAAAGUUCGGGCUUGAACUUUGAUCUAAUCCUGAACGACAGCUUUAGGCGACCCGAUUCGCAGACAAAUAAUAAUGUCUACGUAAUGAUCAAAAAGCCCCACCAACUCAGCAACGUCGUGUAUUCCAUGACCCAAAACACCGAGACCUACGUGACUGUCCGUCCGGAUCUCACUUGGACGGACAACUCCACGCGCAGCAUUCCGCCGGAGCGCAGGAACUGUCUCUUUGCGGACGAGCAGGGCGACCUGAACUCCAAUGACUCGGCCCAGAAGUAUGGGAAGCCCUUUCAGCUCUCCAACUGCCUCAACAGAUGCCACGAAUCCUACCUAAUCCAGCUCUGCAACUGCUCCCUGCCCAUUUUCUUCCUGAAUAACAAACGGGUGCCGGAAUGCAAUGCAGUCAGCCUGCGCUGCCUGGCUCGUCACAAUGACAUUUUCAGCUACGACAAGCGGAGGGACGAGGAUGCCCUUUUCAGUGCCACCAAGCUGGGAAUGACCUGCUCCUGCUUGGUGGACUGCUACCUGCUCGAAUAUUACACAGCCACCACCACUCUGCCCUUGUCAGCCCAUAAACUACCCAAGGAUCCGCAGCAGAAACUCUUCAGGGUGGAUGUGCACUACCAAGUGGAGACCACGCCUUUGUACCGCACAAGCCUGGAGUUCACCAUCAUCGAUCUAAUUGCCAAUCUGGGUGGCAUCUUUGGACUUUGCCUGGGGGCUUCUAUGGUGAGUGCCUUCGAGCUGAUUUACUAUCUCACUGUGGGUCUCGCAGUGCAUCUGUAUGACAACCAGUACUAUGGGGUCUUACUAAAGCACCUGAAGGUUAAGUGGUCAACUUUCAAGGGCUACCUCGGCAACGAAGUUGAGAUUCCUGCUGCCCACAAGGAUGCUAGUGACAGCCAAUUACGGCAUCCCUUUAAGCACAGAAAAAAUGCAUGGUAAUGAU